AUGUCGACGGCUGUGAAGCGGGCGUGCGACGCCUGCCACCGCCGUAAAGUCAAGUGUGACGGCAUCAACCCGUGCCGCAAUUGCUCUGCAUCGCAACUCACCUGCACCUACAAUUCGAUCCCGCAGAAAAAGGGCCCCAAGGGCUCCCGCGCCAAGGUCAUCAACGAACUCAAGGAGACGCAGCGCCAGUCCACGCUGACCGCGAAGUUGCAAAAUGGCGCCCUCGCCAGCCAAACUCUGGCCCCAACCCCACGGCUUCUAACCAAAGAGCUCCUCAAGACUUGCGUCGAUUUCUUCUUCAACCACAUGUAUCCAAUUAUGCCGAUUCUCGAGCGUAGCCGCCUCGAUCAAGAUGUCAUGUACAUGGACCAAAAUCUCGACACCUACUGCCUUCUCACAUCGCUUUGCUCUUUUGUGUCCCUGCAACCAGGCAUGGUGAUGCCCAUGACCGACCCAUUUAACCCAGACAUGAUGUUUGGCAAUAAUAUCGUCACUGGCACGCUGUUAAUGGAGGAGACACUUCGUGUACGGAAAGGGUUCGAUUAUGUGGCUUCGCCAACGCUGAAUAGCGUCUGCACAAGCUAUUUUUUGUUCGCCGUCCACCAUGCAUUAGAGAUGCACGAGAAGGCCUGGUACCAUCUGCGCGAGGCCACAACCCUGGUCCACAUGAUGUCUAUGAACGAAGAACAAGCAUACCUGCAGUGCGACAACGGUGAUGGGAUUGAUGUGUCCAGGCGGAGACGCCUGUAUUGGUUGCUUUUCGUAACUGAACGUGCCUAUGCCCUGCGUUACCGCCGUCCGUUGAGCCUACAAGCCAGUAUUGCUCUGCCCGCCCCAAGUGACCACCCAGCCGAUCCCUUCGCGCAUAGUGGGACUAGCUUCCUGCGGCUCAUUGGCCUCUUUCGCGGAUUCGAUGAAGUUCUUCUUCAACUUUGGAUGAAAACAAAGUCGGAGUGCUCGGACCCAUACCUUAUGGCUUUGGAGAAGCAGAUUCAGGACGUGCUUCCUCCAUACCUGAACGAUACCAAUGCCCAGCUCUCUGAGAUUCAAAUCAACCAGCAAUGGCUCAAGCAUAAGGCUUGGGAAGUCAGCAUUGCAAACGGGAAUGACAACAACGCAGGGCUUUCAUACGUCGAUAACAUCAACAUGCAUGAGCUUUUGCCCAUGGUUUCUCACUUCCCCGGCAACCUGGGUUUACAGGGUCUCAGCCUGUUUGAACAUCUGCUCAACGUUACCUGCGCCUUAACUGAGAUCCUUGCUAUGCAACCUGCGCCCAGGACACCGUUCAUCCCUUCACCACAUGACCAACUGCGCAAGAUCCUCAACGUCGUUCAUGUUAUCCGGAAUGGAGAGCACCGAUUUUUGCCUUUGUUGUUGAACAAGGUGCAUGCAGAACUCCCAAAGCUUGCGAGUCCAAUGCUCCAGAACGCCCCAGAGAGCGCAGCAUGCCCUGCAACCAUUGAUAUCUUUGACGGAUUCGGCACUGCCGGCAUGGCGCAACCUCCCUGUGGUUUUAGCAGCGAAUUCGACAACAAGUUUGGUGUCCCACGACUUAAUGAUAUGACCCCCAACUCCCAUUCUGGUUCCAAUUCUAACAGCCCCAACUCUGCUCCUUCCGGCAACAACGAUAUGAAUUCCCCUUUUACUACGAGUUCUCCCGGUGGUAUCAUGUCACCUGGCAUUGACUUGCCCCAUGGGCUGCAGACGGAUUUCACCAGCAUGCCAGAGAUGGUCAUGAGCCCCAUGAGCCAUGCACCACCCCCUUCCUCACUACCUACAUCGGGGGCAAUGGCCGAUCAACAGUCGCAACAGCCUCAGCAUACUCCCAUAUCUCCAUUUUCCAACUCAAAUCACCAAAUCCACAAUAUCGCCGGUAGUAACGUCAACCCACCAACUAACAUGGGGCUUGCUUCUCAGAUGCACUUGGGCCAGGGAAUGAACAGCGGGAUAAACACAGGCUUAGCACAAACAGUCAGCAGCACAAGUUUACUGGCAAGAGUACAGCCCCAACAGCAUCGGACGCAUAGUUUUGCUAUGGGAAUGUCACAGUUACGAGCAGUCGGGGAUUUUCAAGCUCUGCAACGAGCCAACACGGAUGUCAUGAACCCAUUAACAUUGAAUACCAUGGGGACGACUAUAGAUUUCAAUGCUCUACAAAGGUAG